GAAGAGAAAAAGCCGAAGCGGGUGUACGAUCCGCAUAAGGGCCCGCUGUUCUCUGUGUACGUGGCCUUCUUGGAGAAAGCGAGAGCCAAAGGCAUCAAGCACAUGGAAGCUGUGAAGCUGUGGAAGCAUUCCCAGAUCAGGGCGGUGAUGCUGGAAUCUAUUCCGGAGGAUGAGCGCAAACGCCGCCCCUGGCAAUACCUAUUUGCCUUCUACAUAUAUAAGGACAAGAGUCUUGGAGAUCUCGACGUGGUGGAGAUCUUUGCUGGUAUUGGUUCCUCAUUCUGCUUCUUAUGCAGCUCCGUCACCGGUCGCUGCGUCAUGCUUCCAGAAGGCCUUCAUCAAUCUCCUUCAGUCCGCAUGGGCAACUUAUUGGCCAGUCGGAGUGUACUGUUCAUGUACCUGGCCCGUGCCAUGGGUGUUACUUUCCUGCUGGAACAACCACAACACCACACGACUGGCGGCUUAGCUUCUCUCCGGAUCUUCCAGGAGAUGUACGCUGCUGGAAAGAAGACGGUCACCGGCAUUCCGCCGCUGGUGCGGGCCACUCAGGAAUACACCCCGGAGUUUGCGGAAGCCGUGCUCCACUCGUGGGGCGAGCGCUGCGACGAUCAGCAGCGCCAGGCUGAGCUGCUCCACGUCGUGCGGUGGAUGAAAGCUUCCGGGCGUUUGCAGCUGCCGUCGGCAUGGCCUGCGGAUUUUCCGUAG